UUGAUCUUCCACGUGGUGCUGUAAGCUUCAGCAAACAUGAACACAAACCUUCGCGCUCUUUGAUGACGUGUAUCCUCCGCUUCGUUAAGAGGAUUAUUGUAAAUCUCUGUUUCUCCGGACUGAAGCGGUGUCGUCUCCGCUGAACACCUCCACUGUUCCCCCGGUGCCGUGUUUGAAUCCCGCGGUGGUGUCGAGGCAGAGGAGGCGGGAGGAUGAGCUCCGGAGCCGGCGUCGACUACAGCGUGUGGGACCACAUCUACGUGUCCGAUGACGAGGACGCGGUCAGCCCGUACGUGGACACACCGAGUCUGUUCCGGAUGAGACACCGGGUCAGCGGUUUGUGUAGCUGUGACGUGUGGAGUCUCUUACCUGGCGCGCUUGGAGAGAAUGGCUGAGUUUCAACAGAGAGGCGAAGAUCUGGAGAACAACUUGGCUGAAUGCAAGAGGCUUUUAGAGGAAGCCCAGGGACGACUUAGAGAGCUGGAAGAAGGAAGGGAGGAGGGGGAGGAGGAUCAGGGGAGGGAGGCUGAGUUGAAGAAGGUCCAGGCUGAGCUGAGAAAACUGAAGAAGGAUGAAAAGACGUUUGCGAACAUGUUGAAAGAAUAUCAGCGAGAACUGAACAAACUGCCCUGGAAUGUCGACUCCAUCAGCAAAGAAGGUUUCAGCAAGAGUAUUGUGAAUAUCCAGCCGUCAACCAAGGAGGACACCGAGGCGGAAAAGGAUGAGAUACACAAAACCUUUGUGGAGAAGUAUGCGAAGGAAAUUGAAAACUUUGGGAUGUUGAGGCGUUGGGACGACAGUCAGAGGUUUCUGUCAGACAACCCAUAUCUGGUGUGUGAAGAGACGGCCAACCGCCUUGUCGUCAUUUGCAUUGACUUUGAGAUAGACGAGAAACAUGCAGUGAUGGAGCAGGUGGCCCACCAGGCCAUCGUGAUGCAGUUCAUCUUGGAUUUGGCUCGGACGCUGAAGGUCGACCCAAGAGGCUGCUUCAGACAAUUCUUCUCAAAGAUCAAGACUGCAGACCAGCCGUACCACGAUGCAUUUCACCACGAGCUGGAGCUGCUGAAGGAGCGGGUCCGCAGCUGUGCACGGAUCCGUAUGGAGGACGCCAUGAAGGAGCUGGAGGAGGAGGAGAAGCAGAAGAGACUGGGCCCCGGUGGUUUAGACCCUGUAGAGGUCUACGAAUCACUGCCUGAGGAAAUACAAAGGAGCUUUGAUGAGAAGAACAUCCAGAUGCUGCAGGAGGCGAUGAACCAACUGCACCCAGAUGAAGGAAAAUACCACCUGAAGAGAUGCAUUGACUCUGGAUUGUGGGUGCCGGACUCAGGAGAGGGUGAUGAUGAGGAAGAGGAGGAUGAAGAGGACGAAGAGGAUGAGGAGGAGAGCUAAAAAUAAAAGAAAAAAUUAAACAAACGGGAGAAGGCAGGGACGAUACACGUUCCCUCCUUUUUGACUGACAUCACAUUAGGAUCACUUUGUGUAAUUUGAGUUCUGCAGCUCUGUCAACGUCUCUGUAAUGUGUCAUACAUAAAACAUGUUAUACAUUGUAGAACAUAGUAUUUUACAUGUUUGUACACCGCAAUGUCAGAAUGUAUCAUUUAUAUAUUAUAGAUAUGUGAAUGUUUUAUAAUCACGUGGAGUAAAUUAUUAUGUUAUUUAAAAACCUGACAUCCUGGAGCAGUUUAGAC